AUGGACAAGGCUACGCUGCUUUGCCAACUCAAACUUGAUGAAAAAAUGAUAGAGUGCAUAUAUUUGUUUGGAUCACAUGCGUACGGCACAGCAAGCGAGCAGAGACAGAGUGACUACGAUAUUGUAAUGGUACUAAAAUCACGUGCAUUCGACGCGCAUGAAUUAUUUAAAUGGAGAAAUGUAAACUGGUUAACACGACACAAUUGGAUAAAUCCCAAUUUUCGUCAUUUUUUCUCUGGUGAAUCGGAUAAAACAUGUUUUUUCGAUUUAGGAGACAGGGAGGCACCAGUAUGGAUGUACAAUGUUGAUACUUUUUGUAUGCUUCUAAGAACAAACACAAUGUUUGCCAUUGAAUGUAUUAGUCUACCAGAAAAACUGAAAUGGAUUGAAAAACGGAACUUUUCUGAUGAAUUUUGUAUUGAUGAUAAGAUGUUGGAACAAUCAGUGAUUAACCAUUCACGAUCUCAUCUUUUCAUGGCGUGUAAAAAUAUGACACAAAUCUUAUUUCCAGCUGAAAAUGAUGAUAUGGAGACUCGAGAUGAAAUUGAAAAAAUGUCGAAAGAUCCAAUAUGGAAUCACACACAGUUGCCUAAUAACUAUAACUUUUAUAAAACAAAAAAAUUGAUAUGGCAUUCCAUUCGGUUGCUCUAUUUCGGUAUUAAUAUCAAACGUUUUAACCGAUUGACAGAUUACACUGGUGCAAAUUAUUUAUAUGAAGAUCUUCUUGCUAUGGAGUCACAUAAAUGGAUAGACUUCGAUAAAAAGUACAUGCCAACUUAUACGGAACUAACAAAUGAAUUCAUAAAUCUAACGCGAGAUGCACUAACAUUACCGGAUAAAAUGCAGUUGUAA